AUGGCAGUAUCUCGCACCACUUUCUCUGGUCAGAGAACAGAAAUGAGCAUCCUGGAAACCAACCAGUACUUGUGCUUCCAUCUGGAAAAAAGCAAACAGGAGUGAGACCUCACAGAGAAAUUCCUCAUGUCCCAAGCUACUGCUAGCUGCAGAAAUACAUGUGAAGAGUACAAAGACCUCAUUGAAUCUGUGCUGGAGGAGGAAGUGCUGCUUGAGGAGGGGGAGCUGGCAGAGAAGAUGAGACCGGCUGCAAGGCUUGGGAGAUAUGAUCCCCUAAUUCAGGCUCAGGCCCGAGAACUGACCCACUUACGACAGAAGCUACAGGAAGGGAAAGGUGUCUGUUAUUUUUUCAUGCAGCAUGCAAAGAACACAGUCAAGUCUUUUGGGAGUCUCCUCAGGAGCACUGACGUUACCUACUACCAGAGACAGAGAUUCUGUGAGCUACUGGCCCAAGGAAGCCAGCUGGCAGAGAGACUUGCCAGCAAACUCACCACUGGAAAUCAUCAUGGUAGGAAGGAUGAAGACGGACAGGAGCCACUGGCACCCAGGGUCAGCAGGGGGUUCCAGGAGGAAGAAGUGAAUGAAGUCCUGGAGGACUCACUGGAUGAAAGGUAUCUGACUCAUUCCAGUUUCCACGACUCCCACCAGCCUCCCAGCAGGAAUGCCUUUGUGUGUGAUGUGCAGGAGGCGACCUCUGCUGUGGAUGUAGCCAGACAGUGGCGACGGCUCCAAAGCCUCGGACAACGGGAGAGGAGGAGUCGACGCAGCGUGCUCCUUCCGGUGGGGGAGCCGUGCGUCGGGCUAUCCCGAAGGCAGAAGGGCAGCCGAGCGUCCCCGUCGCGCCUUGCUCCACACCCGCCGCAGAUGCUGGCGCCCCGGAGAAGCUCCCGGGCCUGA